AUGGAACUAACACCUGGGACAACUUCCUUAACACCACCAACUCCACCACCACCACCACCAAACUUGAGCUUACCAGGAGACGGCGAGGCUUGGCUACGAUUGAUGGAGCAAAACCCUCUGAUACUUCGACAUCUGCUCAGUGCUGCGUCCCAGAACUUGAAAGCUCGUGAUGAAAACAAUGAAGGAAUUAGAUCCAUGAUGGAAAGUGGAUUUGUGGUGGUCAACAUUGUCACUCCUAAUUAUGGAGUUACAUUUAACAGGGCUCUUCAAUACCCCGGGAAUUUCAAGGAAACUGAGCAUCGGCUUUUUAAUCAAAGUGAGCUCGACGAUAACCGGGAGGGAGUUCCAAUCAAGAAGAAAACCUCCUCUCGUGAAAACACAUGCUUCUUGAAGAACUGGCUUUACGAGCAUCGGAAGAAUCCAUAUCCAACAAAAGAGGAGAAAGUGCUGUUAGCAACGGUUACGAGAAUGAAUUUGACUCAGGUUUCCACCUGGUUUGCUAAUGCUCGAAGACGUCUAAAAAAGGAUAAUCGAUUGACCUGGAGUGCUAAAAAUCGAUCUAUUCCUCAACCUCCCAUUCAUCACCCACCUCCACCCCCACCUCCUCAACCUAUUCAAAAUCUUCCUCCAACUUUCCCACCAGCUGAACCUCUCUGUUGGAAUGCGGAUCCAAAUAUUGUUAGAGCGUUGGCAACGCAGGUUCAAACAAUACUAUUUAGCCAGAUGGUUAGGGAUAUCAGAGAUCGUUUGGCUGGAAAUUCAUCGGAACCGGAUAUGGGAUUCAAACCAGAGUCAACUUCCCCACAAUCUACGACAUCUGCAAGAAUCUGGUCUCUUGCAGAUUUGGUGAAUGAAAAAUCGAAAAUCCAUAGAAAUGACAUUGAUCCAAAGAAUGAUUCUUGA